AUCGUAAAACGAUUUGUGUGUACAUUGUUUGGCAAAAAAAGAAAGAAAGUUAUCGAAAAGAAGAAAAAGAAUAAGAUGCAGAUGUAGCCACGAAUAAGAUAAACAUAAUAAUGGCGCUAACGUCUUCGCUCUGUUAUUUUCCUCCAAUAACAAUUCAUUCUUAUUCUUGUUCGUUUCCAAUUUCAAUAUUCUCCAACCUCAGAACACAAAUCCAAUCCUCUUCUUCUUCCACAAACAUUUGCACCCAAAAUAUCGACACUUCUCUCAUCACCAUCGCUGAAUCCUUCUACGAAGAUGAGCUCUGGGCCGCUUCCUCUCUCCGCGUUCGUUCCUUCAAUCAAUUCCGUCCCGACACUUUCGGACUCCAAGAUCAUGCGAGGUACUUGGCUGAGCGUGAGUUUGAAGCACUUAAGGAGCGUAUUUCGGGGAAAAAGAUGGGUUUCAGAAGAGUCUCUUGCAUAAAUGCUUCCCUUCCUAUGUCUCAUAUAUCUACUCUCUAUGCUGAUUUAUGUUCUUCAUGUAAGUUUUCUGCCAGUGGGGAAGACCGAAUUGUAGUUGGGUCUCUUGAUCUUAAUCAGUGCUUGAACCUUCCUGAUGAAAUUGUAGGGAUGAAGCCAAAGGUCAGUGGAGUUGAUAUUACAAGGGCGUACCUCAGUAAUGUAUGUGUUGCUAGCGAGUUGCACAGAAAUGGGUUGGCCUAUGCACUUCUUGAAAAGUCAAAGUUAGUUGCUCGUAAUUGGGGCAUAACAGAUUUGUAUGUCCAUGUUGCUGUUGACAAUGAAGCAGCAAAGAAAUUGUACAUGAAGAGUGGGUUUGUUUACGAGAGUGAUGAACCCGCGUGGCAGGCCAGGUUUCUUGAUCGACCCCGAAGACUUCUCCUAUGGAUGGGUCUCUCAGUCACCUAAUUCGACGGUGUUGUCAUGUAUCCUGUGUUAAUAUGGUUCUAUCUAUUCUUCUUGUUAUUUUCAGAACAUUCCCACGUUAGUUACCUCGUUGGUUUUCCUUCCUUUCAUUUAUAAGCUGUUAGAAAAUCUGGCGGCUGACAAAGAUCCUUUGUAAGAUACACAGGGUAGCUUCCCCUUCAUCAUUAUCUUCACAAAAAAUUUGUAUACAAUUAUUAUUAUAUAGACGGACUAUGCACUCAUGUAUGCUUUUUAGAGUUUUUCAUGAGGUGUCUGUCUACUCAACGAUAUCAAUUUCACUUUAUAAUUUUAAGGGACAAAGUUUCAAUA